UAUUGAGAGGUGAACAACGACAAAAGUAAACUCGACAUUUCAAAGUCCAUUGAUCACAAACGAAGUAAAAAAAAUUAAAAAAAUUCGAGGUUGGCCGGUACCUGCCCCAGCAUGACAUCACCUUCCCGAAGCACCUACCGCCCCUGGAACUAAAGCUUCCCCGACAACCACGGACCAACGUCCUUUCUCCCUCCGGACAAAACGCACAUGGUCCGCCGCCUCCCGUGGACGCAUCCACACCUUAAAGUCGGCCACGCCGAAAGCGAAAGCGAAAGCAAAAGCAAACCACGGACGCGGGCUACCUUUACAGCCCUCGCAACCGCAACCACUCCCAUCAGGAACACCAUUGACGACACCGGAACCCGCGAUAUCAGCAGCUACUUCACAAAGACGACGAAAAUGGUCUACCGUACCCCGCGCAGCGGCGGCGGUGGCGGUGGCAGCAGCAGAACGACGACACCCAAAACACCCAACGCCGGCGGCGGCAGGACAUCGUCCCCCUCGCCCCCUCCCUCGCAAAAGAAGCGUCUCGACGGUCUGUUCCUCGAGGGGAACUGGUACUGCAACUGCCAGCCGCGCCAAUCUGCCAAAUUCCUACAAGUCAGCAAGAAGACGGCCAACAGGGGCCGGUGGUUCUACACGUGCGAGAAGAGGCGCGGCGGGUGCAAUUUCUUCCUAUGGGCUGAGGACGCGGAGAAUAGGGCCGGGGCGGCGACCAUGACGUUGCCGCCCAUGCCGCAGGAUGGUGCCGCUGCUGGUAAUGCUGCCACGCCUCGGGGAACGACUGCUCAGACUCAGAGUCUGACGCCGGGUACGGCUUCCACCAUCAAGCCUGCUAUGAAAACAGCUCCUUCAGUGGCAAUGGAGCCGCCUCCGUCGCCUACGGCGCAACGAAGCGCCGCGAAGCAAAAGUUCAUGGAUACAUAUUUCAAGAACCGACCUGUCCAGGUACCCGAGGAAGAACCAAACGAUCUAAUGGUCACAGACGAGGAAGCCGAGCUCACCACCCCCGCGCAGAGAAAGAGGAAAAGAGUCCUCUUUGACUUUGACUCUGACGACGGCGAGGGGCAGCAGCAGGGAGCUGGUGCCGAUGAAUACGGCCUAGACGACGUCUCCUCGGACGAGGAGAGGGCCAUGACGGAGGCUAUGGAACGCAGUGCCAAGAAGCUUCGCAAUGAUGGUGGCGGUCCGCCUUCCACCCCGGCGGCGCAGCGUACGAUCCAGGACAGCGCGCUGCCUACGCCGCAGACCGUCAGCCGAACCCUCUUCCCCGACGCGAAGCGCCGCAAAGUCGACGAGGGUGUCGGUGAGAUCUCACCCGGCAACGUAUCCUUCUCGACGAGCACGUCGUCAGCAACACUCGGACGCUCAUCAGCGGCAGCGGGGACGGCCCUGGCCUCCUCGCCGCCGACAUCGACUCCCCAAGAAGAGCAACUCGACCCCACGGAAGAAGUCAUGGCCCUACUCUGGGACCAGCAAAAAGGCGGCGGCGGCGUAGACGACGCCACCGCGCGCGCCGUCAAAGCCGUGCUGGGCCGGUUCGCGAUGAAGGCGAAAGGCCUGGCGCGGGGCCGGGACACGGUGCGGACGGCGCUCAAGGCCAAGGACGAGAAGAUUGCCGAGCUGCAGGAGCGGGUUGCGAGUCUCGAGGCCAGGGCGAGGACGCAGAGGGAGCAGAUUGCGGAUUUUAAGGCUGGUAUGAUGGACUUGUACUCGAAGCACUGAAGUCCUCGAUGCCAGAAUCGGUUUUUUUUUUCUUCUUCUUUGUGAUACUAUUUUGUGUUUUGGUUGUUACUUGGAAAAAAGAUGUUUCUAAGGAGGGCAAAGAGGAAGGGGACGGACUCGAUUUGGACUCGGAUACAGUGAGCAAGCCGGCCAGCCAGCCAGCCACUUCAUGAAAUGCGGGCUCCCAUGGUCUUAUGUUGGAUGAAGAAGGUAUUUUGAUGGAUGGAGUUUGGAAUUGAGGAUACCCCCCGCACGCACGCCCUUAUGUUAUGGUCUAUGGUAGUGAGUAGAUAGCAAAUAUGAAGAAG